AUUUCAUGCUUUUUGUGAGAUAUAAACAACAGUGCACCGAUUCAAGCAGAACGAAAACGUGUUUUUAAUAAAAAUAUUUUAGGUUGUUGGGUGUUUGCUCGUUAUUUGUACUAGAUUUGGUUCAAAAUGGAUAUAGUGAAGACGGUUUUGGAAAAACAGAAGAAGGAUUUGGAAAAAUAUAAACCAAUUACCGUGCAGAAGCACUUGGACGUUGUGAUCGAUGAGGGACACCUUAUGGUGACGGAUCCGAAUAACUUCGACGACGAUAAGCUCAAGAACUACAGAGAACAAUAUGUUCUGGACCUAACCAGAGAUAAUACACAGCUGUUGAUCAAUAGCAUCUGGGAGCUGCCUACUCAACGCGAAGAGGAAUCUGUGGUUGCUAAACUUCCAGCACCAAGAAUGAUGCUGCCACGGGCUCGUAAACUGCCCGUUCCGAAACCCCUCACCAAAUGGGAACAGAUAGCCAAGGCCAAGGGAAUCAAAAAGCGAACACGCGAUAAGAAGGUUUACGACGAAGUAUUGGAUAAAUGGGUACCUACGUACGGAUAUCAGCGAUACAAGGCCGAGAAAGAGAAGGACUGGAUCAUUGAAGUGCCACAGAAUGCUGAUCCAAAUAAAGAUAUGUUUGCGGAGAAGCGGGAUUUGAGGAUCGAGCGGAUAGCUAAGAACGAAAUUUCUCGCAUGAGAAACAUCGAUCGAGCCAAGAAAAUUCAAACACCACGUACCGGAUUUCUGGGACCGGAAUCAGCUUCAGCAAAAGAGCUUGUAACGGCGGCCAACAUUGCCAAGGCAUCUACCGCUUCGGUGGGCGUUUUCCAGGAAAAAUUAACCAACGAAAAACAGGCUCGAGGAAUUGGUGUUAAGGAAUUGAUGCCUGGAAGAAAGCGAAAACGGACACCGGUCACACUUCCAGGAGAAAGGAAGCGUAACUUGGAAAUCGUCAACAAAGUGCUAAAUAAAAAGCCCAAGAUUGACGUUGAGAAAGCUAUUUCGAUGCAGAAAGCGGAAGCACGGGCAGAGCGGGAAGCAAAUGCCGGUGAUGAAGGUGGAAAGAAGAAAGGUAAAGGCAAAGGAAAGGGUAAAGGUGCCUUCGGACGGAAAAAGCCUAAGGGCGGUCAAGGUAAGAGGAAUCACAGCAAAAGGGCUGUCGGGCGUAAGAGGCGUUAGGAUAAUGUUUAGAGCAUAAGGAUAGUAAGGACAGAAUCAAUUAUAAAGUUUACAUUUA